AUGGCUCCGGACCCCGCUGGACCCUGCACCACUCCAGCACCACUCCAUCACUGUCAGGAGCCGUGGGUCCAGAGACAUUACACCUCCUCUCUUCUCAUUGUAAACUCCGUGUUCUCCUCUGAGCUGUCCUCUAGGAGCAGUCCCGCCUUUAGCAGCCAGGCCCAAGCCGUCCAGCAUAUGAUCCACAGUGCAGUCAACGCCUCAUCACUGGCCCCGUACUUCAACCAGUCCACUGUGCUGGGCUUCGGCCGGGGCAGUCUGGUGGUGUUCUUCUGGCUGCUCCUGAGUGUCCCCAGUAGUCACGUCUCCCGGGUCAGUGUGGAAAUGGUCACCAAGAGUCUUCAGCAGGGCCUCAGACUCUACGUGUCCCAGGGUGGGGUCCUGGAAACACACCUGCCCUCUCUUCAGGUCACAGAUUGUGACACAUACACAGAGGUCAGGUCUGGGGGCCCCACAGUUCUGCCUGGACCCCAGCUCCACUGUGCCUCCUUCAGGUGGAGGCUCUGGGCCUCCUCUGGCUUCCUGCUGCAGCUGCACAUCCAGUGGCCCCCAUGCCAGGGGCCCCUCCUGGUGUACGACACUCUCCUGCCAUCAGACGGGCUGCUCAUCACCAGAGUGGCAGGCUGCAGCCCUCAGCAGCAGGGGGCACUCAUCCUCUCAUCAGGACAGGCCAUGACGGUGGUGUGGGAGCGAGAGGGAGAGGAGGGUGAAGGGAGGGUCUCUCUGUCUGCACGCGCUGUGGAUGUCCAGGGCUGCUUCUCCACACUGGAGCUGCGGUCAGUACAGGGUCCAGUCCAGGGCACUUUGCAGACCCCCCUCUUCCCCAGCUACUACCCCCCCAACACCACCUGCAACUGGACUUUUCAGGUGUCCAGUCCAGGUCUAGGUCUACGUCUGGACUUUGAAGGAUACAAGCUGAGUCUAGCCUCCCCUGAACAGAGCUGUGAACAGGGCCAGUGGACCAUCAGGGAACACAGACUGUGUGGCAGCAGGAUUGCCCAGGCAUACACUGAGCGUGUCCCUUUGUUGUCCCCGAGCACCAGUGUCCUCCUGUCCUCCGUCCUGACCCAGACUGGACCUGGGCUACGCGUUUUCUACAGUGUCUACAACCUGUCUGAGCCAUGUCCUGGGCAGCUCCUGUGCUCUGUGGAUGGACAGUGUGUUCCAGAGUGCGACGGCAUCACAGACUGUCCCAACAGCCUGGACGAGAAACACUGUGAGUGUGCAGCAGAGUUCCAGUGCACAGCUCAGAUCCUAGGACUCAGCCCUCAGUGUGUGGACUACUCCAGAGUGUGUGACGGACAGGAGGACUGCAGCCUGGGCUCCGACGAGACCAACUGCUCCACAGUGGUGCCGUGCUCAGCCAGGACCCACAUGUGCGCUGAUGGAGCCUGUGUGAAGAAGCCUAACCCACGCUGUGACCUGGUGGAGGACUGCCCUGAUGCCUCUGAUGAACACCACUGUGACUGUGGUCUAGCACUGCCUUCUAGCCGCAUAGUGGGAGGGAGCAAUGCGUCUGAGGGGGAGUGGCCAUGGCAGGCCAGUCUGCAGGUUAGAGGUCAGCACGUGUGUGGGGCUGCUCUGGUGACCAGUGUGUGGCUGCUGUCUGCGGCUCACUGCUUCUCUGAGCUCAGCGUGCUCCAGCCCAGCCUGUGGACCGUGUACCUGGGCAAAGUGCUGUUGGACCAGCCCAGUCCUCUGGAAGAGCGGAGGAGCCUCCAGCAGAUCCUCCUGCACCAGUACUACCAGCCCGACAAGCACGACUACGAUCUCGCCCUGCUCAGACUGGAGCAGCCCUCAUUGGCCCAGCCCGUCUGCCUGCCCCCUCCCACCUACCUGCUGUCCCCCGGCCGAGUGUGCUGGAUCACCGGCUGGGGAGCCCUGUAUGAGGGAGGCAGAGCUAGUAAUGUGCUACAGAAGGUGGACGUGCAGCUGGUCAGUGAGGAGGCCUGUGUGGACUCCUACGGGCUCCACAUCUCUCCCAGAAUGCUUUGUGCUGGGUACGCCAAGGGGCAGAAGGACUCCUGUCAGGGAGACUCCGGAGGUCCCCUGGUGUGUCAGGAGUCUGGGGGCCGCUGGUUCCUGGCUGGAGUAGUGAGCUGGGGCCACGGGUGUGCUCGGCCUGGGUACUACGGAGUGUACACCCGCCUGAGCAGCCUCUCCUUGUGGGUGCAAGAGCACAUCUCUCCCUGACCAGGACCAGGCUGUCUCUGGAAGAGCAUCAUC